GCAGAAGAUGAGGACCUCAGUCCACCUCCUUCUCCCGAAAUAGUUAUAAAGAAGAAGAGAGGACCUAAGAAGAAGGACAAGGACAAGCAGAGACCGCCGAAAGCUCGUAGAACCUACAAGCGCAAAAAGCCCGACAGCGAUGACGAGCUCCAGUGGGACGAGGGGAUCAGAGGUCAUGUCUCCCCGGACAGUGACUCCGAGAUGGGUGGGAAAAAGCGAAAAAAGAAGCACAAAGAAAAGAAAGAGAAGAAAACCAAAAAGAGGAAGAAGGAUGAAGAAGUGGUUGUGGAGCGCAAGGUGGAACAGAAAUCCUCUGCAGUGCUGCUGGCCAGCUGGGGAUUGGAGGAUGUUGAUCAUGUAUAUACAGAUGAUGAUUAUCAUACGCUAACCAACUACAAGGCCUUCAGCCAGUUUAUGAGGCCUCUCAUUGCCAAGAAGAACCCCAAAAUUCCCAUGUCAAAGAUGAUGACCAUCCUUGGUGCCAAGUGGCGGGAAUUCAGUGCCAACAACCCUUUCAAGGCAUCACCCGCAGCAGUGGCGGCGGUGGCGGCAGCAGCUGCGGCAGCAGUGGCCGAACAAGUGACCGUCACCCUCCCCUCUUCUACCAGCGUCUCCCCAGCAAUGCCAAUCCGCAGGGCCAAGACCAAGGAGGGCAAGGGUCCUGGCCACAAGAAGUGCACUAAGGGCCCCAGAGGGUCCGAUCCUAAAAAAAAAGUAGGAAAAAAGAAGAUGGGUCUGCUGAAGAUCAAAAUUGCUGGAGUAAAGCGCAAGGCUGGUAGUUCGAGUGAGGAGAUGGAACUUGCCGAAGUGUCUGACUUGGAGAACUCCAGCGUCCAUAGCUCCUCUGCACCCUCGGAUGCCUCAGGAAGGGUAAAGAGGAAGAGAGGGAGACCUGCGGGGAAGAAAAAGAAGAAGAAGAAGAAAGUUGUCGUGGAUGAAGUCAUCUCUGCAGGGGAGGGCUAUGAAACUGACCACCAGGACUACUGCGAGGUCUGCCAGCAGGGGGGUGAGAUUAUCCUGUGUGAUACCUGUCCACGGGCCUAUCACCUAGUGUGCCUGGAGCCAGAGCUGGAGCGAGCACCUCAGGGCAAGUGGAGCUGUCCUCAUUGUGAGAAAGAAGGAAUCCAGUGGGAGGCCAAAGAUCUGGAAGAGGAGGAGAUGGAAGAGCGUCGACGGGACAGACGAGAGGAGGAGGAUGACCACAUGGAGUUCUGCCGUGUGUGCAAAGAUGGUGGAGAACUGUUAUGCUGUGAUGCCUGCGUGUCCUCCUAUCACAUCCAUUGCCUAAAUCCCCCUCUGCCCGACAUCCCGCACGGAGAGUGGCUGUGCCCACGGUGUACGUGCCCACGGUUGAAAGGGAAGGUUCAGAAAAUACUACACUGGCGUUGGGGUGUUCCCCCGGAAGGAAUUCAGCCACCCCAGGAACCCAAUCCACCUCUAGAUCAGGAACAGCCCAUAAUCCUGCAAGGCAGGUCCGAGAGAGAAUUCUUUGUGAAAUGGCACGGCAUGUCAUAUUGGCACUGUAGCUGGAUCACUGAACUGCAGCUGGAGAUCUUUCACAUGGUUAUGUACCGCAACUUCCAGAGGAAGAAUGACAUGGACGAGCCGCCGCCUUUUGACUAUGGCUCAGGAGAAGAUGAGGGCAAAAGUGAGAAGAGCAAAGAUGCUGAAUACUCCGAUAUGGAGGAGCGGUUUUACCGCUACGGCAUUAAACCCGAGUGGAUGUCCUUACAGAGGAUUAUCAAUCACAGCGCGGACAAGAGAGGGAAUUAUCGCUAUCUGGUGAAAUGGAGGGAUCUGACCUAUGACCAGUCUACGUGGGAGGAGGACAACAUGAAACUGCCAGACUGCAACUAUCACAAGCGGAUCUACUGGCAACACAGAGAACAGGUUAUGGGAGAGAGUGCCCUCUGCCCCCCUCAGUUCAAGAUGAACCUCAAGGACUCCUUCAUGCACGUUGUGCCCAGCUCCCCCACCAGCGAUCCCACGGUGAAAUAUGAAGCUCAGCCGCAGUUUGUGACCGCCACGGGAGGAACCCUGCAUAUGUACCAGCUGGAGGGGCUGAACUGGCUGCGCUUCUCCUGGGCGCAGGGCACAGAUACCAUCCUGGCAGAUGAGAUGGGUCUAGGGAAGACCAUACAGACCAUCGUGUUCCUGUAUUCCCUGUAUAAAGAGGGUCAUACAAGAGGUCCUUUCCUUGUUAGUGCUCCACUGUCCACUAUUAUCAACUGGGAACGCGAGUUCCACAUGUGGGCACCAGACUUCUACGUGGUUACCUAUACGGGGGACAAGGACAGCAGAUCUGUCAUCCGAGAAAACGAGUUCUCCUACCAGGACAACGUCAUGAAGGGAGGGAAGAAAGCCUUCAAGAUGAAGGCUCAAGCCCAAGUCAAGUUCCAUGUGCUGCUUACUUCCUAUGAGCUGGUGACGAUUGAUCAGGCUGCUCUGGGAUCCAUUCAUUGGGCCUGUCUGGUGGUGGACGAAGCUCACCGCCUCAAGAACAACCAGUCAAAGUUUUUCCGGGUCCUGAAUGGCUACAAGAUUGACUACAAGCUGCUCCUCACAGGAACUCCUCUCCAGAACAACCUGGAAGAACUGUUUCAUCUGCUCAACUUCCUGACCCCGGAGAGGUUCAAUAAUCUUGAAGGUUUCUUGGAAGAAUUUGCUGACAUCUCCAAAGAGGAUCAGAUCAAGAAGCUUCAUGACCUACUGGGCCCCCAUCUCCUGCGCCGACUUAAAGCUGACGUGUUCAAAAAUAUGCCGGCGAAGACAGAACUGAUUGUGCGCGUGGAGCUGAGUCCCAUGCAGAAAAAAUAUUACAAGUUUAUACUCACUCGAAAUUUUGAAGCACUCAACUCUCGAGGUGGAGGGAACCAGGUGUCACUGCUCAACAUUAUGAUGGAUCUAAAGAAAUGCUGCAACCAUCCUUAUCUCUUCCCAGCAGCAUCCAUGGAAUCACCUAAGCUCCCUAGUGGUGCCUAUGAGGGAGGAGCUCUUACCAAAUCCUCUGGGAAGUUAUUCCUCUUACAGAAGAUGCUUCGGAAGCUGAAUGAGCAGGGACACAGGGUCCUCAUCUUUUCCCAGAUGACAAAGAUGUUGGACCUAUUAGAGGACUUUUUGGAUUUUGAGGGAUACAAAUAUGAACGAAUUGAUGGUGGAAUAACAGGAUCCUUGAGGCAGGAAGCGAUUGACAGAUUUAAUGCCCCUGGUGCCCAGCAGUUCUGUUUUUUACUCUCCACCCGGGCAGGGGGCCUGGGAAUAAAUUUAGCUACUGCAGACACUGUCAUCAUCUAUGAUUCCGACUGGAACCCCCACAACGACAUUCAGGCCUUCAGCCGGGCUCAUCGCAUAGGCCAAGCCAACAAAGUGAUGAUUUACAGAUUUGUGACGCGGGCGUCAGUGGUGAAGAAAGGAUAACCCAGGUGGCCAAGAGGAAGAUGAUGCUGACUCACCUGGUAGUGAGGCCAGGCCUAGGCUCCAAGGCCGGCUCCAUGUCCAAGCAGGAGCUUGAUGACAUCUUAAAGUUUGGAACGGAGGAGCUUUUCAAGGAUGAAAUUGAAGGAGACAAUAAGGAGGAGGACAGCAGUGUCAUCCAUUACGACAACAGUGCCAUCGAUAGGCUGUUAGACCGAAAUCAGAAUGUGACGGAGGACACGGAAGUCCAGAAUAUGAAUGAGUAUCUCAGCUCCUUCAAGGUGGCCCAGUAUGUGGUGCGGGAGGAAGAAAAGAUGGAAGAGUUGGAACGGGAGGUCAUAAAACAAGAAGAGAAUGUAGAUCCCGAUUACUGGGAGAAGCUCCUUAGGCACCAUUAUGAGCAGCAGCAGGAAGACCUGGCUCGGAACUUGGGCAAAGGGAAGAGGGUGCGGAAACAGGUCAACUACAAUGACGCAGCCCAAGAGGAUCAAGAUAACCAGUCUGAAUACUCUGUAGGCUCGGAGGAGGAAGAUGAAGAUUUUGACGAGAGGUCAGAAGGUCGCAGACAAUCCCGUCGCCAGCUGCGCAAUGAGAAAGACAAGCUGCUCCCACCUCUUCUCGCUCGAGUUGGUGGAAACAUAGAGGUCCUGGGCUUCAACACGCGGCAGCGAAAGGCUUUCUUAAAUGCGGUUAUGCGAUGGGGUAUGCCACCUCAGGACGCCUUCUCCACGCACUGGCUGGUGAGAGAUCUCCGUGGCAAGACUGAGAAGGAGUUCAAAGCUUACGUAUCGCUCUUCAUGAGGCAUCUAUGUGAGCCGGGUGCUGACGGUUCUGAGACAUUCGCAGAUGGUGUUCCCCGUGAGGGAUUAUCUCGCCAGCAAGUUCUAACACGUAUUGGUGUCAUGUCCCUAGUCAAGAAAAAGGUUCAGGAAUUUGAACAUAUCAAUGGGCGAUGGAGCAUGCCGGAGCUGAUGCCUGAUCCCAGUUUAGACUCCAAGCUGUCAUCGCGAGCAUCCUCACCCACCGUAAAAACCAGCACGACUACUCCAGAACCCUCCCUCACCAACACCCCCUGCACAUCUAAACCUGCCACUCCAGCCCCUAGCGAGAGAGCAGAGAAUGGGGGAACGCCUGUGGACAAGGAAGAGCCCGAGAGUAGAGAAGAAAAAGACGUGAGAGGAACAGAAAAGAGGGAGAUGGAGAGUGAUCAGGCAGCAAGUGAGAGGACCCCGAGUCCUCCGGACACGGUAAGCCCGCCAUCCAACGCUGUUCCUGAUGAGAAGCAGACCUCAGAUUCUCCAGAAAUGGUGCAAGGAAAACAAGAGCCUAGAACCCAAACCCCGGUCACAGAGGAGCGAAGCGCUUCUCAGAUGGAGAAACCACAAGGUGGUGUCACAGAGAAAUACCCAGCUGCAGAGAAGGCAGAAGCCGGACAGGGUGAAGCAGCAAGAGGAGCAGAAGAGCUGAAGCUGGAGAGGGAGACUCUGAAAGAUGGCAAUCCCACCAACCAGCGGGAAGAGACCAGGAACAGCAAUGGGACGAAAGAGCAGGGGCGACCAGAGAGACCCCGCUUUAUGUUUAACAUUGCCGAUGGGGGAUUCACAGAACUUCACACUUUGUGGCAGAAUGAGGAGCGUGCUGCCAUCUGUUCCGGGAGACUCAAUGAGAUCUGGCAUCGUCGUCAUGACUACUGGCUACUGGCUGGGAUUGUAGUACACGGUUAUGCAAGGUGGCAGGACCUCCAGAAUGACUCUCCAUAUGCUAUCAUUAAUGAGCCAUUUAAAUCUGAAGCCAACAAGGGCAACUUCCUAGAGAUGAAGAAUAAGUUCUUGGCUAGACGCUUCAAGCUCCUGGAACAGGCUUUGGUGAUCGAGGAGCAGCUCCGCCGUGCCGCCUACCUGAACAUGACGCAAGAUCCGUCUCAUCCAGCCAUGGCUCUUAAUGCCCGAUUCUCGGAGGUGGAGUGUCUGGCAGAGAGCCACCAGCACCUGUCCAAAGAGUCCCUAGCGGGAAACAAGCCUGCCAAUGCUGUUCUUCAUAAAGUCUUGAACCAGCUGGAGGAACUAUUGAGUGACAUGAAAGCAGAUGUGACCCGCUUGCCAGCCUCCCUCGCCCGCAUUCCACCCAUUGCCGCCAGACUGCAGAUGUCUGAACGCAGCAUCCUGAGCCGGCUUGCAAAUAAGGGGAAUGAGAGCUCAACCCAUCCGGUGUUCCCUCCUGGUCCUUAUGCCACUCCCCCUUUCUUUGGGGGGCAUUUCGCUAGCACCCCACCCACCGUCCCACACACAGGGGCGGUUAUACCCAGAUGACCCUUGGGUCCUUUCUGCCAGCUUCGAAUGGGCCGCCGAUCCUAGUAAAGAAAGAGCGAGAGAUGGAUUUGAUGGAAAGGAAAGAAGGAAGAUCCGGGGAGGUGAUUUGUAUCGACGAUUGA